UUUUUGUCGCCAUGUUUGUUGUGGGCAGGCGCCUGAGGCUGACGGCUUGCGAGCUGGGCACCGCGAUGCGCUGAAGGUAGAGAUUCCGAAAGGGAGAUCGGGCAGUUCGCUCUGGAGACGUCUGAGAAGAGGGGUUGCUCCCGUGAUCCCAGGCCUGGCUGUUUCCCAUACUCCUUUAUCCACCUGCGUUUGAAGGAGACCAGACUCUGGCUCCGCCCGGCCCGUGCCGGGUGGUCUGCGGCCCCGAGUCCGUGACCAAGCCCUCCGAGUGAUCAGCCUGCCCUCGGGUGCACCCGCGGUUCCCAACGUGGGGGACCCCUCCAUCCGUAAAGCCAGGGUCCUCCAGAUCGCUCUGCGAAAAGGGAAGGAUGCCACUCUUCUUCCGGAAGCGGAAACCCAGUGAGGAGGCUCGGAAGCGCCUGGAGUACCAGAUGUGUUUGGCAAAAGAAGCUGGGGCAGAUGACAUUCUCGACAUCUCUAAAUGUGAGCUCUCAGAGAUUCCAUUUGGAGCUUUUGCAACAUGCAAAGUUCUGCAGAAGAAGGUGAGCUGGAACUUCAUCUUCAGAGACUUGCUUAUUGCAUGUCUGCUUGUUUGAACCCACAAGGGACUUUGAGGCGCUGUCUCCCCAGCGUAGACACCUCCUUUCUCUCUGCUUCUUACGCUUUUGGCCUGCAGCAGGUGCUGAUCGUCCACACGAAUCACCUCACUUCCCUGCUUCCCAAAUCCUGCAGCCUCCUGAGUCUGGCAACCAUCAAGGUUCUAGAUCUCCACGAUAAUCAGCUGACAGCCCUUCCUGACGAUCUGGGGCAGCUGACUGCCCUCCAGGUCUUAAACGUGGAAAGGAAUCAACUGAUGCAGCUCCCGCGUUCCAUUGGGAACCUGACCCAGCUCCAGACUCUCAAUGUUAAAGACAACAAGCUGAAGGAGCUUCCAGACACCCUGGGGGAGCUUCGAAGCCUGCGUACCCUCAACAUCAGUGGAAACGAGAUCCAGAGGUUGCCGCAGAUGCUGGCUCACGUUCGAACCCUGGAGAUGCUGAGCCUCGAUGCCUCGGCCAUGGUCUACCCGCCGCGGGAGGUGUGUGGUGCCGGCACCGCGGCCAUCCUGCAGUUCCUCUGCAAAGAGUCAGGGCUGGAAUACUACCCCCCUUCCCAGUACUUGCUGCCUGUUCUGGAGCAAGAUGGAACCGAGAACUCUCGGGACAGCCCCGAUGGGCCCACGGACAGAUUCUCAAGGGAGGAAUUAGAGUGGCAGAACAGGUUCUCAGACUAUGAGAAGAGGAAGGAACAGAAGAUGCUGGAGAAACUCGAGUUCGAACGGCGCCUGGAACUGGGGCAGCGGGAGCACGCCCAGCUCCUUCAGCAGAGCAGCAGCCAGAAGGAUGAGAUCCUUCAGACGGUCAAGGAGGAGCAGUCCCGGCUGGAGCAGGGCCUGAGUGAGCACCAGCGCCACCUCGACGCAGAGCGGCAGCGGCUGCAGGAGCAGCUGAAGCAGACAGAACAGAACAUCUCCAGCCGGAUCCAGAAGCUGCUGCAGGAGAAUCAGAGACAAAAGAAAAGCUCCGAGAUUUUGAAAUCGCUGGAAAAUGAAAGAAUAAGAAUGGAACAGUUGAUGUCCAUAACCCAGGAGGAGACUGAGAACCUGCGGCGACGUGAGAUUGCCUCCGCCAUGCAGCAGAUGCUGACGGAGAGCUGUAAGAACCGGCUCAUCCAGAUGGCCUAUGAAUCUCAGAGGCAGAACUUGGUCCAGCAGGCCUGUUCCAGCAUGGCCGAAAUGGAUGAACGAUUCCAGCAGAUUCUGUCGUGGCAGCAAAUGGAUCAGAACAAAGCCAUCAGCCAGAUCCUGCAGGAGAGUGCGAUGCAGAAGGCUGCGUUCGAGGCACUCCAAGUGAAGAAGGACCUGAUGCAUCGGCAGAUCAGGAGCCAGAUUAAGUUAAUAGAAACUGAGUUAUUGCAGCUGACACAGCUGGAGUUAAAGAGGAAGUCCCUGGACACAGAGACACUCCAGGAGAUGAUCUCGGAGCAGCGCUGGGCCCUCAGCUCCCUGCUCCAGCAGCUGCUCAAAGAGAAGCAGCAGCGAGAGGAAGAGCUCCGGGAAAUCCUGACGGAGUUAGAAGCCAAAAGUGAAACCAGGCAGGAAAAUUACUGGCUGAUUCAGUAUCAACGGCUUUUGAACCAGAAGCCCUCGUCCUUGAAGCUGCAAGAAGAGGGCAUGGAGCGCCAGCUGGUGGCCCUCCUGGAGGAGCUGUCGGCUGAGCACUACCUGCCCAUCUUUGCGCACCACCGCCUCUCACUGGACCUGCUGAGCCAAAUGAGCCCCGGGGACCUGGCCAAGGUGGGCGUCUCAGAAGCUGGCCUGCAGCAUGAGAUCCUCCGGAGAGUCCAGGAACUGCUGGAUGCAGCCAGGAUCCAGCCAGAGCUGAAACCACCAACAGGUGAGGUCCUCACCCCUACAGCCCCCCAGGAGCCUCCUGAGUCUGUGAGGCCAUCCGCUCCCCCUGCAGAGCUGGAGGUGCAGGCCUCAGAGUGUGUCGUGUGCCUGGAACGGGAGGCCCAGAUGAUCUUCCUCAACUGUGGCCACGUCUGCUGCUGCCAGCAGUGCUGCCAGCCACUGCGCACCUGCCCGCUGUGCCGCCAGGACAUCGUCCAGCGCCUCCGGAUCUACCACAGCAGCUGAGUCCUGCCCACCCACCUGGGCCUGGUCCUGGCCCUGCCUCGGCUGUUGUGAGCCCGGGCUCCUGCUCAGCCUUGUGCCAGCCAGACACGUAUGAGGCCCCCCCUGCUCUGGGCCCCUUCCCCACCGCCCAGGAGCCCCCACCCUGAGCUCCAAGCAUGUCUAGGCCAGGCAGAGGCGCUCCGAAUCCAUGACACCACUGGUCUAAAUGGUCCCGGGGGCUGGGCUGGAGAGGCCGCUGCACCACCUCCCAAGCCUGGGAGCCAGCACCCCAGCCUAAUCACGGAUCCGCUGUCUCCCAGCUGUCUUGACUGAAGGUCACCGCCCCUGCAGGAGCUUGGUCCUCAUCUGGGGACCAUGCACAGUCCUGUCCCACUCUGCAUGUGGGAAGGGAGCAGGAGGGCCUGGCUAGGUGAGCGGAGGCCGACCUGGGAAGGCGUGCGGUGCAGGCCUGUACUCACAGUGGCACCAGCACCCCUGGGCCUCCCUCUCUGCUGCUCCCCAGCACCCUGGGGCCCUCCUGCUCUCCACAUCUGUCCCUCCUUACCCCAUGUAGCUCAGUCUGAAGCAGGAGUGUCAAUAAACCUGUCUUCAGCGUGC